GUUUCUCUAUAUUAUCACAUUAGAAAGAAGGUCUAAAUUCUGUGUUAUCACUAUAAUAUCUUSAUUUUGUAUGUGGUUUUUGCUCAGGAAAAACCAAUUCAAUAGUGUACAGCAUGUCUAACAUCCAUUCUCUCUAUACCCCAUAGGACCGCACACCCAGCUCCUCUCCUGAGAACGGGCCCCAUCCCCUCUCCUCCUUCCUGGCCAGACCCUGUGGCCAAGCCCGGCUGGGGGGCAGUGGACUGGGGCAGGAACGGCCACACUCAUCCUAUGAAGGGACCAUGAGUUCCAUGACUGGGAUGCUCCAGCUAUUGGGCAGUGAAGUGGCCCAGAGCUCCAGUCUAGSGGUCCAACAGGUGGCAACUCUGACAGUGCCAAAACGACAUUUUCCUGGACACGUCCAGAGCGGACUGGACCUUCACCCCUAUCCCCACCAGCACCACCACCUCCAUGAGCUGCCUCUCACCACUCCUGCUGAGCCCUCCUCCACCCCGGCUGCCUACACCUUUGAGCUCCCCCCAGUGAAGAUGCUCGCUCCUCAGGUCCAGGUUAGCUCUCAUACUCCAUACUUCCACCCCCAGCACAAUGGUAUGGGGGAGAACUUUCCUAACUAUUACCCCAGACCACCAGCAGCCCCCAUGGUCAUCAGCAACCUCAUGGCCAGACCCACCAUCACCACUCUCACCCCUUUGCCCUGGGCAGACAGCUGGUGUUGGGGAACCAGCCUCAGAUUGCAGCCCUCCUCCAAGGCUCCUCCAAGUGACUGCUGGCCUCCACACGCUGCUGCAGGUGCUGCAAGUGCCCCAACUGCCAGGCCUCCUCUGGGUGCACCAGGGGGGAGGGGCCACGACAGCCAGGGCCCCCAACAGGAGGCUCCACAGCCACAGGGUGGCACCAGAGGACCARCCAGGAACAUCAAGAAGGAGUAGAGAAAAUACCAAAAGCCAAGUGACUCACGGUCAGUGUGGUGUGUUUUAUUGAGAACCCCAGCUCCUGUCUCUGUGUGUGUGGAGUUCAGGCCAUGAGACCCUCAGAAAGAGCAGAAAGACAGAAGGGCCACUGUGGAGACAGAGUCCAGGGCAGACCAAUGGCCUUUCUCUGGAGAAAGAGACUUCUUACAAACACACAAACUUUUACACCAUCAAACCAUUGUCAUAACAACAUGUGUGUCAUGGUCAUUGUAGCCAGCAUUGUCCACUCCGCCAGCAGGAGGCCUGUGAUCUUCAGAUCAUGUUCUGUUCAGCAUGACUGCCUGUGUGGAGAUUGGCAAUAAAAGCAGAAGAGUUGUGGUGGUUGAAUAUUCCUUUCUCAUGGACCUCUAAUGGAGAUAACUGGUCUCAGAGAGUGACCAAAGACAUCAGGGAGGAAGUCACAAUACAAAUAAUUUUGGAAAUAAUGCUGUAAUGCUGUUUACAAUGGCUAUUUUUAUUCAGUCAGCCAGUAGAGAAUAUCUGAAUGUGGUGUUAUGGUUUUCAAUAACACCACACUAGAAUGUAUUGUACUAAUUCAUCCUUAGAGGAAGGACCAAAUUCUCUUUUGGAUAAGUAAAAAGUAGUGGUUUAUUGGGCUUAUUUCUUAAGUUUGUAUUUUGGGGACAUUUGUAUUGAUAUAAUACAAUGUAUUGUAAAUUAAUUAGAUAUAUUAGUCAAUUUAGCAUGAUGCACAGGAUAACUGACGUUAAUUGUAAUUUGGUUGUCAGAAAGCCAAAAUAAUAGUGUGAUUCAAUUAACACUGAUCUACAUUACAUGAGUAUAAAAUCAGAAAUAAUCAAAACUAUGUUUGAGUAAAACAAACUGUUUGACCUUGGUUUCAUUCAAAUAAAACAAUAAAAGACGGAACACUUUCAGUAAUGUCACGGAUUCCCCCGGUACUGCUGGUCAUUCCGUGCACCAGCUUC